CGACGACAGACAUCUCUAGUGCCUUCUGCAGCGGGCGGAAGUUGUUCCUUGGAUAAUCUGUUCCUCUCUACAGGAGCUCAUUGAUUUUUGCUGUAAUGCAGAGAGUGUCCCAGCGGGCGGGUAGAACUCUGUAAUAUGGUGAUGACAGGUCCAGGGAUGGCCUAGCAGUGCCGGGAGAUGUCCUCAGUGCGGAGUGCCCGGGGCCCUGUGCUGUGCUCCAGCUCCUGGCUCUGUCAUGGUGAUCUCUCCUCUGUGCUCCAUGUGACAGGCCCCGACCAACCAGCUACCACCACCCCGGGAAUCACAUCAAGGGAGGAGUGUGUGACUUUGGAGCUGCCAAGCGAUGUCCUUCCUUGCACCCUGACCAUCUCCAGUGCUGCACAAGGGACCCGCCAUAUACUGGAGGUCAGCUUAUGCAGUGAAGCCAGAACCAUAGAGGUGUACAGCAUCUCUGAGGAUGGUGAGGAGGAGGAGGAAUAUUUGGGUACCAGUCGAGGAGAAAGAUGUUCCUUCGGAGGUUGUGGAGACGAGGAGCCCUUUGCCUUGUACAGAGCAUACCUGAAGUUCGAUUUUCCUGCACCCGCUUGUAAAGUCAAGCUACUUUCACUUGGAGAAAAACAAAGUGUCCUUGUGGGUGAGAUCGCAGUGCAAGUGAGGUCCGCCCCUCAGAGAAGCUCCCAGACUCCACCUGUGACGGGGACGUCCAUUAAUCUGGAGCGUGUGCAGAGUAUGAUGGACAGCAUGGGCGGGAAAAUGUCACCUGGAGCCGAGCAGCUCAUGAACAUGGUGCGAGCACAGCAGAAGAAUCAGGCUCCAUUUGGGUCUCACUUACUGCAGCUGUUUGGCAGCUUCCAGCCUCAGGCGUAUCAUCAGAACAAAAAGGAUCCAAAAGAAGAAACUCCCCAACUGGCCCAAACGGUUCCCGAUACAAGACUGGAAGCUGCACAGAGUCCUUCCUCCUCCCAUCAAGCUCCACCCACCGAUGUCAAGUCUAUGAUGUCUUCAUUCCUGCAGAACCAGCUGGGUCAGGCCGUCUCCCCUGAAUCCAUUCUACCUCUCCUGCAAAAUCUUACUGUGCAGAGAAACGCUGAUAGAGACGGCGGAGGGAAGUCGUGUUCCAUGGCAAGAGAAGACAAGCUGGACCCAGCUUUGGAGAAAGUGCUGUCCGCUCACAUGGAGCGUCUGGAGAGGAAUCUUAUGAAGCACAUUGAUCAGAGGAUGAGAUAUUUACAGGAUCACCUGGACACCAGAAUAGAUCAGAUAUUUGUAUGUUUACUGGAGAGAGGCGGGAGGUCUAAUCCUCCGCAUCCUGGGGCUACAGGAGAUAAACUUGUCAAUGGGCACAUGGAUUACACUCAGGAUGACGGUGACUGUAACAACAUACUGUCAGUGCAAUAAUAUCCCAACGGUCAGAUCGGACUGGCGGCCCAACGGUCAGCUCGGGCUGCCGCCCAACCAUCAGAGGAUCGGGGGAAUCCUUCGGUAGGACGUCUCUUCUUGUUAGUACAGGAGAGUCAUUCAGCGAUGUGACUGCUGACCUCUUACCUAAACUGUUGCCACACGGUAUCAUCACAAAUAUAUGCGGUUUGUGAUCCAAAUCCAUGGAAGCCAUUUUUUAUUCACCAGCUGCACACCACAGCAGGACUACAUAAUACAAAUAUGGAAAUGGAUUUGUCAGUUUUAAAGCUUUGGUUAUGAUUUUAAGAAACGGCUGUCUUUUUUUAUCUGUUGGUGAUACCUACCUUGUAUUAAUAUAUAUUUAAAAUG